AUGGCGCCUACCCCCAUAUCAGAAGACCGUCUGACGUCUGGACACCGGUUGUCGCAUCCCCCACCCGGCGAUGAAGUUCUGAUCAGUGGAAUCUCUGGGUACUUCCCGGAUUCCGAUUCCGUUAUACACCUGCAGGAAAAUCUGUUUAAUAAGGUGGACCUGAUAUCCGGGGACGGUCGCCGUUGGAAGCUCGCUCACCCAGAAAUCCCGCAGAGGACGGGUAAAGUGAAUAAUGUCAAUAAAUUCGAUGCGUCCUUCUUCGGGGUACACUUCAAACAAGCCCACACUAUGGACCCCAUGUGCAGAAUCCUAUUGGAGAAAGCGUAUGAAGCUGUUAUUGAUGCUGGUUUAAAUCCAAAGGAACUGCGUAACACAAAGACGGGUGUUUUCAUUGGCGCCUGUUUCUCAGAAUCGGAAAAGACAUGGUUCUACGAAAAAAUGCAGGUCAACGGCUUUGGUGUUACUGGAUGCUCCCGUGCCAUGUUAGCUAACCGUAUCUCCUACUGGUUGGGAGUGACCGGCCCCUCCUAUACCGUGGACUCGGCCUGCUCGAGUUCCCUCUACGCUAUGGAACAUGCGUUUAGAGCUAUCCGUGAUGGCCACUGUGACGCUGCUAUUGUAGGCGGUUCCAAUCUGUGCCUGCAUCCUUACGUAUCUCUGCAGUUUUCGAGAUUGGGAGUAUUAUCGCCCGAUGGAAGGUGUAAGAGUUUCGACAACAGCGCUAAUGGAUACGCCAGAUCCGAAGCUAUCGUCGUCUGUCUGCUCCAGAAGGCGAAAGACUCCAGAAGAGUGUACGCUCAAGUAUUGCACGCUAAAACCAACUGCGACGGCUACAAAGAGCAAGGCAUCACCUAUCCCGCUGGAAACAUCCAGAAACUUCUUCUCACUGAAUUCUAUGAAGAGUGCUCCAUACAACCAAACACUCUGGAAUUCGUUGAAGCCCACGGCACCGGUACGAAAGUAGGAGAUCCUGAAGAAUUGUUGGCUAUUGACGAAGUGUUCUGUACGGGCCGUUCGGAGCCGCUCAAGAUUGGGUCAAUUAAGUCCAACUUGGGGCACAGUGAGCCCGCCUCUGGUCUUUGCUCCGUUGCUAAGUUAUGCAUCGCCUACAGCACAGGCUACAUCCCACCGAACCUGCACUUCACCAAGAAGCGUGAGGGUGUGAAGGCAUUAGAGGAAAACAGACUCAGUGUGAUCACCGAAAAGACUCCCUGGAACAGGGGAAUGGCUGGUAUCAACUCCUUUGGAUUUGGUGGGGCCAAUGCCCAUAUUCUUCUGAAGAAUGUAGCUCCAGCUAAGGUGAACAAAGGAAUGCCAUCAGAUGACUUACCGCGUCUAGUCUGCGUGUCUGGCAGAACGGAAUCUGCGGUAGCCAAGAUCCUGGACGACCUGGAGUCUAGGACUGUAGACGUGGAGCUGGUGAGGCUGCUGCACUCGAUCCACGAUGAGGAUAUCGGCGGACACGUUGUUAGAGGAUAUUCUUUGUUAGGAUCCACCCCCACGAAGGCGGUGUCGCUGUCGCGCGACAUCCAGUACUUCUCCGGCGUGCGGCGGCCCGUGUGGUUCGUGUACAGCGGGAUGGGGUCGCAGUGGGCCGGCAUGGCCUCCGACCUCAUGCGGAUACCGGUCUUCGCUGCGGCUAUACAGAGGUGUCACAAGGCCCUAGAGCCCAAAGGCAUCAACCUCACGAAGAUCGUCACCGAGAAGGACCCCAAGAUCUUCGACAACAUCCUGAACUCCUUCGUCGGUAUCGCCGCGGUGCAAAUCGGUCUCACUGACGUCCUGAAAACUAUCGGCAUCGAACCGGAUUAUAUCAUUGGUCACAGUGUGGGUGAGUUGGGUUGCGCAUACGCAGAUGGUUGUUUCACAGCUGAGCAAAUGAUCCUCUCUGCGUACAGCCGCGGGCUCGCUUCCAUCGAGACUCCCUUCAUCAAGGGAUCCAUGGCUGCCGUUGGAAUGGGUUAUACUCAGAUCAAAGAAAUCUGCCCCCCCGAAAUAGAGGUGGCGUGCCACAACGGCCCCGACUCCAGCACCAUCUCCGGCCCCGCGGACAUCAUGAAGAGCUUCGUGGGGAAGCUGGUGGCCCAGGGCGUGUUCGCCAAGGAGGUGCCCUGCUCCAACAUCGCGUACCACUCGCGGUACAUCGCUGAGGCUGGUCCCAAACUACUCAAGUACUUGAAAGAAGUGAUCCCGGAACCCAGGGCUCGCUCGGAGAAGUGGGUUUCCACUUCGGUACCACAACACUUGUGGAAGGACCCCAAAGCGGAACUGUCCUCAGCCGAAUACCACACUAACAAUCUACUGAGCCCGGUGCUGUUCGAGGAGACGUCGCGGCUCAUCCCGCAGAACGCGCUGACGAUCGAGGUGGCGCCGCACGGGCUGCUGCAGGCCAUCCUGCGCCGAACAUUACACUAACAUUACACUAACAUUGCACUAACAUUAUGUUUUGUAAAAAAUAAUUAUGAAUCAAACCAUUUCCACAGACUAUACGAAGCCGGUCUGAACCCGAAGCUGGCGGCUAUAUACCCGCCCGUGGCGUUCCCCGUGUCGCUCGGCACGCCCAUGCUCUCGCACCUCGUCGAGUGGGAGCACAGCGAGGACUGGUAUGUGACGUCAUAUAAAGCACAAGAAAAGAUGAAGUCUGGUGAGAGAACAGUGAGAAUGUCCAUUGCUGAUGAAGAUAGUGAAUACAUGGUGGGACACGUUGUUGACGGUCGUAACCUAUACCCCGCCACGGGAUACCUAGUGCUUGCCUGGGAGACCCUCGGCAUGAUGAUGGGAGAGCUGUUCACUGAGGUCUCUGUGGUGUUCGAGAACGUUCGAUUCCAGAGGGCCACUAAUAUUCCGAAAGAGGGCAACUUGGAGUUCGUCAUUAUGAUACAGAAGGGCAGCGGCAAUUUCGAGAUCGUAGAGAGCGGCGCGUCCAUAGUGACGGGGCGCAUCUACGCCAAGAAGAACGUGGGGCGGGAGUACCGCCAGCUGCAGCCGGCGCCCGAGGCCAGCGGGCCCAACGUCAAGCACAUGCUCACCAAGGACUUCUACAAGGAGCUGCGGCUGAGGGGCUACCAGUACAGUGGCCUCUUCCGAGGAGUCAUCGGCUGCAACAUAGAGGGCACCCGCGGGCGGCUCGCGUGGGUCAACAACUGGGUCACCUUCAUGGACUGCAUGUUGCAACUGCGCAUUGUGGGCAACGACACCAGAGGUCUCUUUGUGCCCACCAGGAUCGAGAAGUUGUCUAUAGAUGCGACUAUGCAUUAUGACGCUGUGUCCAAGAUGAACCCGGACUCGAAUAGGCAGUCCUUUGAGGUCAGGGUGUAUCCGGAUGUGGAUGUUAUCAGGGCUGGUGGUGUUGAGAUCCGUGGUCUGCACGCAACACCAAUCUCUAAGAAGAUUCCUCUCGGAAUCCCGGUACUGGAGAAGAAUGAGUUCGUCCCUAACUUUGGAAAGACAAAGAUGGCGAUUGAAGACAUCCUCCGCGCGAACAUCCAACUGAUCCUCGAAAACGUACAAACAUACAAAGUCAAGAGUAUCGAACUGGUCGAUGAGGAAUACAAGAACAACGGCUACGAACCGCUUCUGGAGAAAGUCGGUGACAUGCUCGGUGACCUUCCGUUGGUGCAGCCGGAACUGCUGGUCAUCUCUGAAGAUGCUGUGGAAAUGCCGUCCUAUAUCACUGUUGAGAACAAGAAGAUAUCUGGAGAGUCUAACACGGUGCUGUUCAUUGGUGCUAAUCUGUUUGGAAGGCCUGAGAUCCUACAACAAGCAGCAUCCACCCUCCGGGACAAGUGUUUCCUCAUCUCCCGCGAGAAGACCCGCCCCGACAUCAAGGAGCACUCCGACAAAUACGACAUCCUCACUAUACAAGACACGGGCGUCGAAUACCUGGUCCUCUUCAGAAAGCGAGUCGGUGCCAAGCCGGCGAAGUUCAUCAAAAUCGUCACAGCCGACCAGAGCUACGCAUGGAUAGAUAAAGUCAAAGAGGAACUCAAGCAUGGACAAAAGCUGGUCAUCUAUAGUCAAGAUGAGCCGCUCAACGGUUUGCUGGGUCUGGUCAACUGUAUGCGCAAGGAGCCAGGUGGUGAGAUUGUAUACGGGCUGCUGAUCGCUGAUCCAUCAGCACCAGCUUUCAACCCUGAUCUGGAGUUCUAUGAAGAGCAAUUGGAUAAGGAUAUGGCUAUCAAUGUGUAUCAGGAUGGUCAAUGGGGAACCUACAGGCACUUGCUGCUAGGUGACUUGGAAACAGUCCGCGCCAACCACGCCUUCGUGAAUACAGUUACUAUUGGAGAUCUGUCGUCGCUCAGAUGGCUCGAAGGACCAAUCAGAGAGAACGAAGUAUUCCAGAACCCGGAGCACGUGCUCAUUCAUGUAUACUGCGCAGCGCUAAACUUCCGUGACGUGAUGACGGCCAUGGGGCGUGUGACAGUCGACGCAGUGGCGCGCGGUCGGCUUGCGCAGGAGUGCGUGCAAGGGUUCGAAAUUGUUGGUAGAACGGCCAACGGGUCCCGCGUGAUGGCGAUGGUGAAGAACAGCGGCAUGGCGAACAUGGUGCGCGGCGACCGCGCGCUCUGCUGGAGCGUGCCCGACGAGUGGACCUUCGAGGAGGCCGCCACCGUGCCCGUCGCCUACGGCACCGUCUACUACGCCAUGGUGAUGGUGGGGCAAAUGCAGCGCGGGGAGUCCAUCCUGAUCCACGCGGGGUCGGGCGGCGUGGGGCAGGCCGCCAUCAACGUGGCGCUGCACUACGGCUGCGAGGUGUUCACCACCGUCGGCACCGCAGAGAAGAGAGCCUUCAUCAAGAAGCUCUUCCCGCAGCUUAAGGACAGUCACAUCGGCAACUCCCGUGACACUUCCUUCGAGGACAUGAUCCGCCGCGAGACCAACGGCAAGGGAGUCGAUAUGGUUCUCAACUCGCUCUCAGAUGAUAAACUGCAGGCGUCAGUCCGUUGCCUUGGUUACCGCGGCCGCUUCCUCGAGAUCGGCAAGUUCGACAUCAGCAAUAACACGCCCAUCGGCAUGUACUUCUUCCUCAAGGAGACCUCCUUCCACGGCAUUAUGUUGGACUACAUCUUCGACCAGAGCUUCGAGUUUAGAAAGAGGCUGCAAGAUCUCCUGCUGAUGGGCAUCGAGAGCGGAGCCGUCCGACCGCUCACGUACUGCGUCUUCCAGAAGAACGAGGUGGAAACCGCCUUCCGGUACAUGGCUGCUGGAAAACAUAUUGGAAAAGUAAUUGUGAAGAUUCGUGAUGAAGAACGCACGAACCGUCCAGUCAAACCAACUUCCAUGCCUGUUAAUGCUCUGCCUAGGUACAUGUGCACGGACGCCAUGUGCUACGUGGUGGUGGGCGGGCUCGGCGGCUUCGGGCUCGAGCUGGCCGACUGGCUCAUCCUGCGCGGCGCCAGGAAGGUGCUGCUCACCUCCAGGCGGGGCAUCACCAACGGCUACCAGGCGUCCAGGUUGAGGGCGUGGGCGGGCUACGGAGCGGACGUCCAGAUCUCGACCCACGACAUCACAACAGAGGAAGGUUGCGAGAAAAUGCUCCAAAUGGCGAACGCCAUGGGCCCAGUGGAAGCCAUCUUCAAUCUGGCCGUCAUCUUGAAGGACUCCAUCUUCCAGAAUCAAACCCCGGACACGUUCAGGACGUCGUUCGCGCCCAAAGCGCUGGCCACUAUGCACUUGGACAAAUACUCGAAGAAAUUGUGCCCGAAAUUGAAGGACUUCGUGAUAUUCUCGUCGGUGUCGUGCGGCCGCGGCAACGCCGGCCAGACCAACUACGGCAUGUCCAACUCGGUGAUGGAGCGCAUCUGCGAGUGGCGCAAGCAGCUCGGCCUGCCCGCGCUCGCCGUGCAGUGGGGCGCCGUCGGCGACGUGGGUCUAGUGGCCGACAUGCAGGACGAAGACGUCCAACUGGAGAUCGGCGGCACGCUCCAGCAGCGCAUCUCGUCUUGUCUGCUCGCUCUCGACAAGUUCCUGAAGCAGGAUGCUGUGAUCGUGUCCUCCAUUGUGGUCGCCGAGAAGAAGGCCGGUGGCUCCGGGUGUGGCAACAUUGUGGAUGCUGUUGCUCAGAUUAUGGGUAUCAAGGAUCUCAAGACGGUGUCCCAGCAAGUGUCGCUGGCUGAGCUCGGCAUGGACAGUAUGAUGGCGGUCGAGAUCAAGCAGACACUCGAGAGAGAGUUCGAGAUCUUCCUGACAGCGCAGGAUAUCAGGACCCUGACCUUCGCCAGGCUGGUAGAACUAACAGCACAGCGUGAAGCAGCAGCAUCCACGUCAGUAUCAGCCGUGCCGGUGGCGGCGGAGGGCGGGGUGGGGCUGCGGGUGUUCAUCAGGAACUUCGGUGAUGAGAAGGUGGCCAAUGAGCCGCUGGUGUACAUGCCCACUAUGGUCAGCGAUGGGACUGAGAACGAGAUAACGAUAAACGACGAGGAGCGCGUGAUCUUCAUGGUGCCCGGGCUGGAGGGCUGCGCGUCCGCGCUCGAGCCGCUGUGCAAGCGGCUGCGCGUGCGCGUGUGCGUGCUGCAGCUCGCCGGCGACGCGCCCAGCCGCGACCUCGGCGCGCUCGUCGACGUGCUCUACGCGAACAUGAAGUCUCGCAUAAACCCCGGCGCGCCGUUCAUCCUGCUGGGGUACAGCUUCGGCACCAUGCCCACCUUGCAACUGGCCGCCAGACUCGAAAGUGAAGGGCACAAGGGCACCGUGUUCUGCAUCGACGGCGCCCCCGAGUUCCUGUACGCGGUGCUGACGAUGAACCUCAAUUUCAAAACGGACACCCAGCUGCAGAACAACCUGCUCUGCCACUGCAUCGACACGGUGGCGCCCAACAACGACAUCACCCCCAGCCUCAUCGAGAAGCUCAACGAGAUAGAAUCCUACGAGGAGCGUGUCAAGUACACCGUGGACAUCUGCCCCGUGCAGAACCACAACUACUCCAAGCAGUUCAUCGGCAACAUGGCCGUCGCCUGCUACUACAGACUCAAAAUGGUGAACAACUACCAGCCGGAGGAGUUCGUGAAGAUCAAGUCGCCCGUCAUACUCCUGCGGCCCAAGGAGAACCCGCCGUUCCUCACGCUGGAGCAGAACUACGGGCUGGACAAGCUCACGGAGGCGCCCGUCACGGUCCACUACCUGGAGGGGAACCACAACACCAUACUCGAGAACAAGGAUUGCGCCAACAUCAUCAACAAAGUCGUCAAUAAAGACGCCGUCACCAAAACCUCCACCAACGUCGUCACCAACAUGGUGGAAAAACAGAAGUCCGUUCAAGUGUGAUGUGCACGCGUCGGCCGCGAUUUAACUUAUUCCGUAUUCGAUAAGCACGCACUUAUUUAAGUUAUGUUAAGUAUGGAUCUGAUAGGUUAAGUGUGAUAAGUUAAGUUCUUCGAGCGAAGACCAGUACCGAAACAAAUAUUCACUAAUUAGAUUCCGUUUGUUUAAGAGUUAUAUUUUACUGUAUUUAUUCGUAUUUAUGUACACGGGGGUUUUUUCGGGAAAAGUAUC